GUGGGGCCUGCUGUUAGCUCGGUGGCCGCUGUGAGGCUUGGGCUGCGAUUGCAAUAGUGCUAAAGAGUCUAUAAGCUGAGGCAUUGGAAGGGGCUGCCCAGGGAGCUGCUGGAGUCACCGUCCCUGGAGGGGUUUCAGAGCUGGGUGGCUGUUGCACUGAGGGCAAUGGGCUGGUGGGUGAUGGGGCUGGGACAGAGGCUGCACCCCAUGGGCUGAAAGAUCCCUUCCAGCUGAGACCACUCUGUGAUUCUAGGAAAGGUGAGUGGCAGGUAUUGAUAUGGACAGUCUUUCCUCAGGCCCUUCUCUGCAGUUGCUUGCCAAACUGCUUCAUGAUACUCAAGAAGAUGAUGAUGAUGAUGAACAGGUGCCUCACUGUUCAGUUAAUGCCAUGACUCCUGGGACUAUUGGACCAGGAAAGAGAGAGACCACUGAUACUUUCCAAGUGAAACCUGGAAAUGACAAAGCUAUUUGGAAUACAGAGGAAGUCCCAGAAGGAUCUGAAUUUGAGGAUUCCUGGGACCCUAGAGAACAACCAGAGUGCUUGAUGAAGAUGUUGAACCAGACUGGCCCCAGAACCCAUCCCUGUGGAACUCCACUGGCCACAGGCCUCCAACCUGACUCUGUGCCAUUGAUCAGCACCCUCUGGGCUCUGUCAUUCAGCCAGUUCUCCAUCCACCUCACCUCCACUCAUCCAGCCCACACUGCCUGAGCUUUCUGAUGAGGGUGUU